AUGAAUGGAAUUAAUGGGAAAGAACAAGAUGUUAAGUUUUUGAAGAUAAUAGCUGUUUCACUCAAAGAGGCAGCCCUUGAUUCGCCUAGUUUUAGGGCGAAUGUUAACUAUUUCCAUAUGCAGAUUGAAAACAUUGAAAAUUGGGUUAAUAAUACUACAGAAUUUACCAAGGUUAAAUACCAGGAUUCGUUAUCUGAGUUUAAACACAUUAGUCUUUCUCUACUCGAAUACGCUAUCCCUCCUACACAAUAUUUAAACUCUCCAAUUAUCGAAGAUCAAUGGCAUACACCUUUGUUACUGAAUGCUUGUAAAAAGGGGUUGGAAGAGAUACAUAGAAAAUUACUUCAAAUUUUGCAGCUCAAUCCAGAUUCAUAUCUCUCAGUUUUAUUGGAAAUAAUGACUGUAGCAGUUGAUCCCUAUAAAGCAUGUCGUAAAAAUUUUGAAUACUACCAAGCUAAAUAUGAUAAAGUGCUCAUAGAAUAUCAAAGUAUUAAGCGGUCUGAUAAUUUGGACCCAUUGGUAAUUAAGGAAGAUGCAUUUCAGUUAUUUGAAUGUCGUAAAUGCUAUUUAGAGGCAGCAUUAGAUCUAAUAUUAGCGAUUUCAGACUGCAAGAUGAAACUAGACUCUUUGUUCUUCCAGCUAACUGAAUGCUUAAGACCGCCAAAUCAGGAUGAAUUCGCAAAAGUUAAGACUGAAUAUAUCAAUGAAUGGAGAAUAAAAUAUAGUUACAAUGCAAAAUGGCACCAAGAACGUCUAAAGAUAUAUAAGAUGUUCCUUCCGGAGAUAGAAAAGACUAAACAACAUAUCAAAAUCUUCGCUUCGGAACAACUGAAGCCAACAAUGAAUAUAGAUGAUUACAAUAUAGGGAAAAUAGCUGCGAAGUCAUUUCUUCCGCCUUUAUCUACUACUGAUAUCUCUGAGAAAAGUGGAUGGUUAUUUAUAAAAACUACAGUAAGCACCCCUCCCAGAACGAUUUGGAUUAAGCGAUGGUUUUUUGUUAAGAGUUUUAUAUUUGGAAUGCAUCUUCUAUGCCCAGCAAAAACUUCAGUAGAAGAAACAGACAAAUUUGGCAUUUUAUUGGUCGAACCUUCUCAUGCUUUCAAUGAGGAGCGGAAAUUUUGUUUCAAGGUUACUAUCCAUAAUAAUUCAUAUGGAAAAAAUGUGGAGGCUAAUAACGAAAAGAUAUCAAUAAUAUUACAGGCUGAUAAUUCGAGAGAUUUCGAAGAAUGGUUAGCUGCCCUAUAUAUAUCGAGAAAGAAAGUUUUAUCUCUAGAUGGAAACAAUCCUGACUAUUUGCGAGCUUCUAGGAGAUAUCCGCCAACUUUUAUUGAAUUCGCAUGCAGUUCUAAAACAAAAGUUGAUGAACAGCUAACAACUAUUUCCUCUCUGGACUCAAAAUCUUUGGUGCAAUUGAUUCAUGCAACAUAUGCUGAUAAUGACUUUGGUAUUUUUAAUGAACCAUAUGUUCGAGCGCCAAUCACCACAUCUCUAACAAAAUUAGCUGUUACAGCUAACGCAUUUAUUGAGCAAGAUGGGGUUCCAAAUGCAAUAACAUCAAACUUUUGGGGUAGUGUAAAUUGGAAUGAUCACUUUAUAGUUUCUAAACUUGGUUUUAGAACUAGCGACAAGGAAGAAAGUGCCUUGUAUAGUACGCCCUCAACAUCUCCAAUAUGGGAACCUGCUGUAUUUCCGGAUUACUACCCCGAGCAAUUAAGAAAUGAAACUAUCGCAUUCAGAAGUAUAUUCUCUAAAAACUUAUCUUCCAGGCCUCAAUAUCAUAAUCUGGUUCUUGAUUCUAUCUCUUGUAUAUGGUCUCCAAAUGAAAAACAAGAGUUUUGGGGGGUUGCUUACAUCACGAUGGAUUAUAUAUAUUUUUACAUGAACAUCGCGGACUUUGUGUGUCUAUUUAAAAGAAGCUUUGACAAAAUGGCUUCAGUUGAACUUAUAAAAACAAAACCAAGCAGUAAUACUGAUGAAGGUAUAAUAAAAAUGUAUUUCAUGAAUGAUGCUCCGAUUAAAAUUAAAAUUUACUUCACUAAAGCAACAACAGUUGUAAAAAAACUGCAAUUGAUACUUGAUAAUAAUGUCGCGGCAAAUCCGCUAUCUCUCCAUGGCGUUCUAGAUCAGUUACAACAAGUUCAGGAAAAGGAUUCUAAUGACUUCAAUUUGGACUUAUCAAACAUAAUUUCACAGAAAUCUUCACAAAAUUUGCCAAAAGAAUUAUUCCACUAUCUUUCAAUUGAUUCUAGUGACUUAUUGCAACGUUGGAAAAAGCUUCAGCUAGAGUAUACUUCUGUAUAUCAUAUUAAUUUUGAUAUACCAGCCAAAGGUCUGAUGCAUCUUUUAUUCGGCGACAGAUCAAUGGCCUUCCCCACAAUAUUCUUACUGUCUAAAGGCAACAAGAACAAACACAUAAUAUCUCCAUGGGUAACAUCUAACAACGAUGAUGACACCUCACUACGCCGUGUGGUUUCCUUCAAGUUGGAUAUACCAAAAAGGUUUAUAUCUCUAUCGAAAUCUAAUGGAGGAGCUACCGUUGAAUCAUCUACUUACUUCACGACGACUCAAAGAAUUGUCAAAGUAUGUGAUGAGCUGUAUUAUGAAGUAAGUCAAGAGUCCUGCAUACUAUACAUUCCUUUCACAAAGCCAUUCAAAUUAUACGUUAAAUUUGUGAUAAUGGAUCAAAAUAUUACACAUUCAGAGAUAGGAACAUUAAGCAGUAAAAAACCAACCAAAUCGGUUCUUCAUAUAUAUUACCAGCUACGGUUUUUGGACAGCAAAACAAACAAACCUGUCACCAAUCUAAACUGCAUUGAUUAUUUUGUAAGUAACGUUACAAUGCAGUUUUGUCAACUUGAGUCACUGCACAUAAAACAAACAUUAUCCUCAUAUGUAGAGUCAUUAGGGACUCAUGGAAAAGUCAUAAAGGCAAUAAGAACAUGUGGGUAUAUUGGAAUAAGAAAUUCAUCAAAUAACUCCAACAGUGAUAACAGCAAAAUCGAUGAAUCUAUCGUCAAAUUUUCGAAAACUUUCCUGCUAAAAUUAAUAUUCAACUCUUUAUUACGAAGCACAGUGAAAUACCUGUUCUCCAUUAUACGAAUACUAUUUCAGGCAAGUCGCAACUUGCUUAAGAACAUCCUACUCAUUAAUCGAAUCGUGAUUUUUGCAUUAAUACUAUCUUCACUUGCUAAUAUUUAUUUAUUUUCAAGAGUUGCAGUGCCGUAUUCGCAAAAAGCAGAAACAUCUUUCGAUCAAUGUCCUUCUAGCGAUUGUACACUAAGUGAAAGGACCAUAUCCAUGAAUGAACUAGACUUGUUGUCGAGUUCAUUGAUCAAUGAGAAGUCUGAAUGCUUCAAAAACUUCAUGUCCUCAUCUGAUUAUGCGAACACCAAAUGGAGGGUUUCAAAGCAUCGGCUAGAUGUAACGAGAAAUCAAAUUUUAGUCGACUUGAAGGUUUUGAGUAGCCUAGAAAAGCAGCUUGUCAGCCAAAAUUAUCAAGAAUUUCUUUUAAAGGAACUCCAUCAAUGUAGCAUCGUUGAAACUGAAUUCAAAGACGUAUGGAAAGCUGAUAAAAAACUGCAGAAUUAUUGUAGUAUAUGUGAGAAUGAAUUGACCACCCUACACAGUGUGUUGGAAAGUAUUUCCUAA